AUGUCAUCUGUAUGCGAUCGUUUGUUGAAAUCAGUGGCCCCAACAAAUAUUGAGCCUCGUUCUCGUAGUAAAGUGACUGUUAUAGGUGUUGGAAUGGUUGGAAUGGCUGCAGCAUUCUCUACCAUGCAAGUGGCAGGAGAACUCGCACUUAUUGAUGUCGUAGCAGAUAAGGUUAAAGGAGAAGUUCUUGAUCUACAGCAUGGUCAACAGUUUAUUGGCAGGUGCAAAAUUGAUGGGGGAACCGACUACAAAUACUCUGCAAAUUCAGAUAUUGUCGUCAUCACUGCUGGUGCCAGACAAAACGAAGGAGAAUCACGACUGAACCUCGUUCAGCGUAAUGUUGAUAUAUUCAAAAAAAUAAUACCGAACGUUGUGAAAUACAGUCCAAACUGCAUCAUAGUCGUCGUAUCGAACCCUGUCGAUAUUUUGACAUAUGUUGCUCGAAGAUUGAGUGGAUUUGAAGCUCAUAGAGUAAUUGGGACCGGAACCAUGCUUGACUCGGCGAGGUUUCGUUUUCUGUUAGGUGAGAAAUUGGGAGUAUCUGCCAAUUCUGUCCAUGGAUAUGUAAUUGGUGAACAUGGUGACUCGAGUGUUGCUGUUUGGAGUAAUGUGAAUGUUGCUGGAGUUCGGCUGUCUUCGCUAAAUCCAAAGAUAGGAUGCAAAGACGAUCCUGAAAAUUUCGAGGAAAUACACAAGCAAGUUGUUCAGAGUGCCUAUGACAUCAUUCGCUUGAAAGGUUACACCUCAUGGGCGAUCGGGUUGACAUGUCGAUCACUUUGUAACGCACUAUUAAAUAACCAUCACACAGUUUAUCCACUCUCUGUUCCUGUCAAAGGAAUUCACGGAAUCGAAGAGGAUGUUUAUUUGAGUUUACCAUGUCUUGUAACUUCAGCUGGAAUCAGUCAUUUAAUUCCGCUUGAACUUAGUGCGGAUGAAUUGUGUAAAUUGAGAAAAAGUGCUGCCACUCUGAAUGAAGUUAUAACGAAAAUCCAAUGGUAA